AUGCUUACUCUCUUGAACAGAAUAGAGAGAGCCAGUAAAGACCUGGGGCUCAAAAUUAAUAGGGCUAAAACAAAAGUCAUAGAUUUUGACAGAACUGAGAAACUGGCAAUUACAGAUUUCUCAAGUGAAGUACUUGAAGUGGUCGAGUAUUCUAUCUACUUCGGCUCCAACACACCCAACACCAGAUCAUCUGAAAAAGAGAUAAGGAGAUGCACCGGUGUGGCUAAAAGUGCCAUGUCUGACCUGGAUUUGAUAUGA